CAAUUAUUUGAUGCACCUAAGAAAAUAAGGGCAAUUAUAGGCUACACCCCACCCCUCCUCCUUUGUCCACGCUUCUUGGAGCUCGUGUUUAUAUAUGGGUUGUUUGCCUGAGAAGAAAACACUACCAAAAUAUACCAAUCUCUCUCUCUCUCUCGCUCUCUCUCUCUCUCUCUCUCUCUCUCUCUCUCUCUCUCUCUCUCUCCCGUAAUAGAUCUCUGAUCUAUUUCUCUCUAAAAAAAAUAAAUAAACAAAUAAAAGAAAGAGAAAAAAAGAAGCAAACUACAAGAAACACACACUAGCUCACACUACAGAAUGGCUGCAAUAGCCUCAGCAGUUCCAAAAUCAUCACCUGCCAUCCAAGAACCAAAAGCCAUCUCCAUCAGGACAUUGGCUGAAUCAGAUGAUCUCACCUCCAUUCCUUCCACCUACGUCUUCAACCCAAAUCCCAACAAGGAACCUGAAGUCGUUUCGGACCCUGGGGACUCACUCCCCAUCGUUGACUUCUCUCUGCUCGCCCACGGUACUCCUGAUCAACGGUCCAAAGCCGUCCAGGAUCUCGGGAAAGCAUGUGAAGAGUGGGGCUUCUUCAUGGUGAUCAAUCAUGGUGUCUCGGAGAGCCUGAGGAAGUCACUGAUCGACGUGUGUCAGAAGUUUUUUAAUAUGACAGUGGAGGAGAAGAAGAAGUAUUUGCCGAAGAGUCGGCUGCAACCGAUCAAGGUUGGGACUAGCUUUAACAGAAGUGAUGAUGUCCACUGUUGGAGGGACUUUCUCAACGUUAUUGUUCGUCCUACCUUUUACUGCCCCGACAAACCCCAGGAGUUCAGUGAGUUAUUAUCAGAGUACACCACAGCAACAAGAGAAGUGUUGUUGACACUCUUAAGGGGGAUAUCAGAAAGCUUGGGAUUGGGAGAAGACUACAUAGAGAAGGUCUCGAACCAGGAGUCGGGUUUCCAGAUGUUAGUUGCCAACUUGUACCCGCCAUGUCCCCAGCCGGAUCUCGCGAUGGGCAUCAGCACUCACACUGAUGACGGCUUGCUAAACCUCCUCACUGAGAAUAUCUCUGGCGGCCUCCAAAUCAUCCAUGAUGGACAGUGGGUUUAUGUCAAACCUGCCCCUAAUGCCUUCCUUGUGAACGUCGGCGAUCACAUUGAAAUAUUGAGCAAUGGGAAGUACAAGAGUGUGUUGCACCGAGCGAUAGUGAACAACAAGACCACAAGAGUGUCAAUGGCAGUGUCGAUGGCACCAUCAAUUGACACAGUGGUGAGCCCCGCCCCGGAGUUGACAGACGCCGACCAUCCCCCUGCAUAUCUCCCCAUGAAAUACAGGGACUAUCUAGAGAUUGUCCAUAGUGAAAAGGCCAUUGGGGCUUCUGUCUUGGACCAAAUUAGGGUUCCACUACCUCCCCCUCCAAAUAAUUAACUACUACCCUACCCCUAGUAUUUAUAUUACUUACAUAUAUAUCUUAUAUUCCUCACACACACAUCUAGUUGUGUGUACUUCUCAUUGUAAUUCUAGCAAAAAAUUUGAUGUAUCAUGCAUGCAUCCAUGCACGCACCUACCUAGCUAGCUACAACUCAAGUUUGUCGGAGUUGAAUGUUUUAGCAAUAUAUAUAUAUUAUGUGUGUCAUCAAUUAAUAGUGUACUAUGAUUGAUAUGUAUUGUUAAUAAAUGUCAUUAUAUUAUAAUAAA